CAAACAUUUUCUUGAUAACUAAUAUCUGGUGAAUAACAAUCCAAGUCAAUUUCUUGUUCCAUAAUAUUUUAACUCCCUAUUCAACUCCAUCAAGUAAUUCUUCUAAGAAAUUGUACCUCAAAUUCUGACCAAUGAAAGUGAGUGCACUGGUUUCUUCUCAGAAAUUGUACUCUUACUCUUACACCUCAAGUUAUAACCAAUAAAUCAAACCCAACUGAAUGCACUGGUUUCAUUCUGCAACUUCAACAAUGCAUUGCUUUCCCUUCACCCUUAUCUUCCUUUCCACCCUCUUCAUCUUCUUCACCUUCCCUAUCACUCUAGCUCAGCAACCUUACAUUGGUUUAGCCACCAAUGCGUGCCCUCGCCGGGGAAACUCAAAUUCCAUCCGCGGCUACACUUGCAACGGCGGCAGUGCAAAUCACACUUGCCAAGCUUACCUCACCUUCAGAACUCAACCCAUUUACAACUCUGUCUACACAAUUUCCACUCUGUUAUCCUCUGACGCACGCCACCUAGCUGAAACAAUGUCAGUCUCACAAAACACCACCUUCGAAACAAACAAGCUUGUAAUCGUUCCUGUUCAAUGUUCUUGUGCUGGUGAGUAUUACCAGGCAAACACAUCAUAUGCAUUUCAGAACACAGACACCCCCUUUUCGAUUGCUAACAACACUUUUGAAGGCCUCACAACAUGUCAAGCUUUGAUGCAUGAGAAUCACAACCCUGGUCAUCUAUACCUUGGUAGAGAACUCACAGUUCCUCUUAGAUGUGCUUGUCCCACUAAGAAUCAAACAGAGAAAGGAAUCAAGUACCUCUUGAGUUAUCUUGUGAAUUGGGGAGAUUCUGUUUCAGUCAUCAGUGAGAAAUUUGGUGUCAGCUGUAAUAACACUCUUGAAGCUAAUUCCCUUUCUCUCACAAAAGCCAAAAUUUAUCCCUUUACCACACUUUUAGUACCCCUUCAUGAUAAGCCCUCCAAUUCACAAACCAUUUUGCAAUCUCAACCAUCUUCAACCUCAUCUUCACCACCACCCUCUUCUUCCACACAUCAAAGCUCAAACAAAACGUGGUUGUAUGUAGUUGUUGGAGGAGUUUUUGCCUUAAUUGUUCUCACUGCUGUCAUUUUCUGCAUACACUAUCACAAGGGUAGGAAGAAAGAUGAUUCUUUGAGUCAAUUGACUGUGUCUGAGAGUUUUGAAAACCAACAAUUAGGGAAGGAAAUGAAGAAAGGAGAUGGAAAAUUGUCAGAGUUCAUACAUGGCAUAGCUCAAUCUUUCAAAGUGUACAGCUUUGAGGAAAUACAGCGUGCAACAAAUAAUUUGAAUUCAAGCAGUUUGAUAAAAGGUUCUGUUUAUCGCGGUGUUAUGAAUGGUGAUUUGGUUGCAAUUAAGAAAACAGAAGGAGAUGUAUCAAAAGAGAUACAAAUUCUGAACAAGGUGAACCAUUCUAAUGUUAUACGUCUCUCUGGGGUUAGCUUCAACGAGGGUCAAUGGUACCUUGUUUAUGAGUAUGCUGCUAAUGGACCCUUGAGUGAGUGGAUUUUCUUUGGGAAGUUUCUGAGUUGGACUCAGAGAAUACAGAUUGCACUGGAUGUGGCCAUAGGACUUGACUAUCUUCAUAGUUUCACUUCUCCUCCUCACAUCCACAAGGAUCUGAAGAGUAGUAAUAUUCUUCUGGACAGUGAUUUCCGAGCAAAGAUUGCAAAUUUAAGCCUUGCAAGGUCUGUGAAAGGAGUGGAUGAGGAUGAUCAAUUUCUCGCGACAAGGAAUAUUGUUGGGACAAGAGGUUACAUGGCUCCAGAGUAUUUGGAAAAUGGGCUUGUAUCCACAAAGCUUGAUGUGUAUGCAUUUGGGGUACUGAUGCUGGAAAUCCUCACAGGAAAAGAGGUUGCUGCUAUUUUAGCAGAAGAUAAUAAUAAGAAUUUGUCAGGCGUUUUAAGUGCUGUACUUGGUGAGGAAAGGCUGAAGGAGUUUAUGGAUCCCUCUCUUCAAUCAAAUUAUCCAUUUGAACUUGCUAUGUUUGUGUUUGAAAUUAUAGUUGGUUGCAUAGAGAAAGAUCCAGCUAGUCGCCCUUCCAUGCAGGAGAUUGUACCAACUCUUUCAAGAACCAUGAACUCUUCAUUGAGUUGGGAAAUGUCAGUGAACAUCUCAGGAUAGCAGAGCAUUAGUUUGCAGGAUCUCUCAAUGUUACAGCAGUUGAAACAGGAUACUUCAAUCACCCAGGAAGAGAAUGUUAAAACAACCUCAUUUUAGUUAAUUUAUGUGUUUUUUGGUAAAAUGUGAGUGUGACUGUGUGAAUAAAUCAAAGUUGUUAUGAGAAUUUCCCUAAUCUCUUCCUGAUGAUAUCCAAUUUCACCAUAUUGUAAUUUUGUAGAAAAUAAUAUUAUUGUGAUUUUAUAUC